AUGUCAGUCCGUUUUAAUGGUCGCAAGCCGGAGACGGUAAUUAGAAGUUUCAGUUCUAAGUUUCCGCAUAAAUCUUACAAUCAACUAUCUCAAAGAUCUUUACCCCCUACCCCCACAAACAAAGCAAAUGACAUCUACUAAACACGUAAAAACAAGUGGGACCACAUUGUGACGUAUUGCUAAGAGGUAUAAUGUUCAACCGAGUGGAUUUUUCUCCAUUUGAAGCAAGAUGUUUACCGUGCAAGAAGUCCGUGUACAGUGGUUGUUGGCUUUCUUCUUCAUAGGUUCACCUACUUACCAAGACGUUGAAGGUAUAAAAGAGAUCAUUCAUCUCUAUAUUUCGGUUUUGCAACUUAUUUUUAUUAUUUUUACUUUUUUGUAUUUCCCAGCGCUAAGUAUCAAACCUGGAGUAUGCAAUUUCACCAUUACUACUCCUGGUCUGUUUGCGUGUGAAAAGGUUUCCUUUGAGAAGCCUUUCAAUGGAGGGCAGGAUGUGAAAGUUUUCGUCUCCAAAAGCCACACAACAAAGAAUUAUAGUGGUGGAGAUGGCGCGGCUAUUUGGGUGGAAUCUGUAGAUAAUAAAGAAUUUACAGUCAGUUUGUGUUUUAGAGUACGGAGAUGGUUCUAG